GCGGGCGGCGUAGCCGGCGUGUCUGGGCCGCCUCACAGGGAGGGAGGGAGGGGGCGGCCGGUCGCCCGGCGGCGACACCGGGCCCCGGCCGCCACCAUGGGUUUCGAGUUGGACCGCUUCGAUGGCGACGUGGACCCUGAUCUGAAGUGCGCGCUGUGUCACAAGGUCCUGGAGGACCCGCUGACCACCCCGUGCGGCCACGUAUUCUGUGCCGGUUGCGUGCUGCCCUGGGUAGUGCAGGAGGGCAGCUGCCCGGCGCGUUGUCGCGGUCGCCUGUCGGCCAAGGAGCUCAACCACGUCCUGCCGCUUAAGCGCCUCAUCCUGAAGUUGGACAUCAAGUGCGCGCACGCGGCGCGGGGCUGCGGCCGGGUGGUCAAGUUGCAGGAGCUGCCCGAGCACCUGGAGCGCUGCGACUUCGCGCCCGCGCGCUGCCGCCACGCGGGCUGCGGCCAGCUGCUGCUGCGACGCGACGUGGAGGCCCACAUGCGCGACGCGUGCGACGCGCGGCCCGUGGGCCGCUGCCAGGAAGGCUGCGGGCUGCCGCUGACGCACGGCGAGCAGCGCGCGGGCGGCCACUGCUGCGCGCGGGCUCUGCGGGCUCACAACGGCGCGCUGCAGGCCCGCCUGGGCGCGCUGCACAAGGCGCUCAAGAAGGAGGCGCUGCGGGCCGGCAAGCGCGAGAAGUCUCUGGUGGCGCAGCUGGCCGCGGCGCAGCUCGAACUGCAGAUGACCGCGCUGCGCUACCAGAAGAAGUUCACCGAGUACAGCGCGCGCCUCGACUCGCUCAGCCGCUGCGUGGCCGCGCCGCCCGCCGGCAAGGGUGAAGAAACCAAAAGCCUGACUCUUGUUCUUCACCGGGAUUCUGGCUCCCUGGGAUUCAAUAUUAUUGGCGGCCGGCCAUGUGUGGACAAUCAAGAUGGACCCUCCAGUGAAGGAAUCUUUGUAUCCAAAAUAGUUGACAGUGGGCCGGCAGCCAAGGAAGGAGGCCUGCAAAUUCAUGACAGGAUUAUUGAGGUCAACGGCAAAGACUUAUCCCGAGCAACUCAUGACCAGGCCGUGGAAGCUUUCAAGACAGCCAAGGAGCCCAUCGUGGUACAGGUGUUGAGAAGGACACCUCGAACCAAAAUGUUCACGCCGGCCUCAGAGUCGCAGCUGGUAGACACAGGCACCCAAACUGACAUUACCUUCGAGCACAUCAUGGCCCUGACAAAGAUGUCUUCUCCCAGCCCACCCGUGCUGGAUCCCUACCUGCUGCCUGAAGAGCACCCCUCAUCCCAUGAAUACUAUGAUCCGAAUGACUACAUGGGGGACAUCCAUCAGGACAUGGACAGGGAAGAGCUGGAGCUAGAGGAAGUGGGCCUCUACAGGAUGAACAGCCAGGACAAGCUGGGCCUCACCGUAUGCUACCGGACGGAUGAUGAAGAUGACAUUGGGAUUUAUAUAAGUGAGAUUGACCCUAACAGCAUCGCAGCCAAGGAUGGCCGCAUCCGUGAAGGAGACCGCAUCAUCCAGAUCAAUGGGAUAGAAGUACAGAACCGCGAAGAGGCUGUGGCUCUCCUAACCAGUGAAGAAAACAAGAACUUCUCGUUGCUGAUUGCAAGGCCUGAACUCCAGCUGGACGAGGGCUGGAUGGAUGAUGACAGGAACGACUUUCUGGAUGACUUACACAUGGACAUGCUUGAGGAGCAGCAUCACCAGGCCAUGCAGUUCACAGCCAGUGUGCUCCAGCAGAAGAAGCAUGAGGAAGAUGGUGGAACCACAGACACAGCCACCAUCUUAUCCAACCAGCACGAGAAAGACAGCGGUGUGGGGCGGACAGAUGAGAGCACCCGCAACGAUGAGAGCUCGGAACAGGAGAACAAUGGUGAAGACGCCACGGCGUCCUCCAACCCGCUGGCGGGCCAGAGGAAGCUGACCUGUAGCCAGGACACCCUAGGCAGUGGCGACCUGCCUUUCAGCAAUGAAUCGUUCAUCUCUGCAGACUGUACCGAUGUGGACUACCUGGGCAUCCCAGUAGAUGAGUGUGAGCGUUUUCGCGAGCUGCUGGAGCUUAAGUGCCAGGUGCAGAGCAGCAGUCCCUACAGCCUGUACUACCCCAGCAGCCCUCUGGACGCUGCUGGCAAGAGCGACCCUGAAAGUGUGGACAAGGAGCUGGAGCUACUCAACGAGGAGCUGCGCAGCAUCGAGCUGGAGUGCCUGAGCAUCGUGCGUGCGCACAAGAUGCAGCAGCUUAAGGAACAGUACCGCGAGUCCUGGAUGCUGCACCACAGUGGCUUCCGCAACUACAACACCAGCGUGGAUGUGCGCCGCCAUGAGCUCUCGGACAUCACCGAGCUGCCCGAGAAGUCAGACAAGGAUAGCUCGAGCGCCUACAACACUGGGGAGAGCUGCCGCAGUACCCCACUCACGCUGGAGAUCUCCCCAGACAACUCCCUGAGAAGAAUGGCCGAGGGAAGUAGCGAAGGGGCCACAGCUAACAUCGAAGGCUAUAGGCCGUCUCCCAAGAAUCUGCUCGCCAUCACUGAGGAUCCUGAAGUAAGCACCCCAAACUACAGCCCCAGCGCCAAAGAGCUGGACCCCAGCCAGGCCUUGGAAAGCAAAGAGCACCGAGUUAGUGAUGGCAGCAGGAGCCCCACUGCCAGCCCAAAGCUGGGCAGUGCCUACCUGCCCUCAUACCACCACUCCCCAUACAAGCACGCCCACAUCCCAGCGCACGCCCAGCACUACCAGAGCUACAUGCACCUGAUCCAGCAGAAGUCGGCGGUGGAGUAUGCGCAAAGCCAGAUGAGCCUGGUGAGCAUGUGCAAGGACUUGAACUCCUCUAACUCGUCGGAACCCAGGAUGGAGUGGAAAGUGAAGAUCCGCAGCGAUGGGACACGCUACAUCACCAAAAGGCCAGUGCGUGACCGGCUGCUGCGGGAGCGUGCACUGAAGAUCCGCGAGGAACGCAGCGGCCUGACCACGGAUGAUGACGCCAUGAGUGAGAUGAAGAUGGGGCGCUACUGGAGCAAGGAGGAGCGCAAACAGCAUCUGGUGAAGGCCAAGGAGCAGAGGCGGAGGCGCGAGUUUAUGAUGCAGAGCAGGCUGGAUUGUCUGAAGGAGCAGCAGGCGGCUGAAGACAGGAAGGAGAUGAACAUCCUGGAACUGAGCCACAAAAAGAUGAUGAAGAAGAGGAACAAAAAGAUCUUUGACAAUUGGAUGACCAUCCAAGAACUCUUAACCCAUGGCACAAAAUCGCCAGACGGCACUAGGGUAUACAAUUCCUUCCUGUCGGUGACUACUGUUUAACUCUCACUGUGUACAGACGAGAGACCACUACCGUUGGGGUAGACAUCCCUGCCUCGUUCAAUGCGGCAAGUUUUUGUAUAUAUAUAAGCCCGGCCAUCAUGUUGAUAGUCUAAAUUUGCCACUCCUACAACUUUGGGUGUCCUGCCUCUGUUUUCAGUGAAGGGAAGAUACACCCUUACUCUCUUAGAAGGCAAUAUUAACAAACAGCUUGUUUUCAAAUAGCAAUGGUAAUUUUUUACUUGUUAACCUUUUUCAUAAAGUUUAAAUUUCCAGAAGAUCUUUUAUUAAGCAUACUUUCACAGAAUAAUUUGUUUAAACUAUAUUCAUAUAAAAGAAGGUUAAACACGCUUUUUUUCUGCCUAAAACACAAAAUGCAACUGCCAAGUAUGUAUUUUUAAUGGGACCCUAUUUUGUAAUGUCACUUCGCUGAAAUGGCUUUCAUACAAGUCACCAGUCAUUCAUACAUCUUAUAUCAGUUGUGGUUUUAAUGAGAACCCGCCAAAGCCUGGUUGGCGAUUUCACGCACACGCACGCACACACACACACACACACACACACACACACACAAAACCAAACUGGCAAUGUUUCCAGUUGGGAUAUCCAUUUCUGACAUUUUUCUGGUUAAGGUUCCCAAGGAGAGUGUCAAGGUUUUAACAGAAAGCAAAAUUUCCUGCAGCUUUAUGGACGCUUAAAGCAUGUUUGCAAAUAUUGCCGCCUGUUGGAAGAAUUUGCAUGUACAGGGAAGUCGUGGACGGAGACAGUUUGUGGAGUUUUAAGUGCUCAUCGUUGUAGACUUUCGCUUUGUAGAUUGGACGGGACAGACCUAACCAAGCAAGUUCACAGAAUCAUGAUUAGUUACAAACAUCAAGUAAAAUGAAGUUAAAAUAAAUUAUUAUUUUCUAUUU